UGGAGGGAUUACAUAUCUCGUCUGACCUGGGAACACCUUGGGUUCCCCCAGGAGGAGCUGGAAAGUGCUGCUGGGGAGGAGGACGCCUGGGGUGCUUUGCUUGGCCUGCUGCCCCAGUGACCCAGCCCCAGAUAAGCAGAUGAAAAUAUGCAGUGUCGAGGAUGGAAGAGGGUGGAAACAAUCAACUCAAAAUAACAAAUCUGAUCAACAUGGAGGAUAUCUCAGUCUGCCCGCUUGUUCUCCACCAGCCAGCAGAAGCAGUGCUCGGGACCGGAGUGUGAUCGCUGUCCGGACAGCAUAGAUGUGCAAAACCCCUGGAUUAUCCGUGCGCUGGAGAGACCAGAACCGACCACCGUGGAGGACUGUCUUUAUCUAGUCGUCAAAAAAGGGAAAGAGCCACGGGGAAAGCAUGGCGGUAGAAGAGGAAGGUCUCCGGGUUUUCCAGAGCGUUAAAAUAAAAAUAGGAGAAGCAAAAAACAUCCCUCCGUACCCGGGGCCAAACAAGAUGAGGGACUGCUACUGCACCGUCAACCUGGACCAAGAGGAGGUCUUCAGGACCAAGAUUAUCGAGAAGUCACUUUGUCCGUUCUACGGUGAGGACUUCUACUGCGAGAUCCCACGUAGCUUCAGACACCUCUCCUUCUACAUCUUCGACAGGGACGUCUUCAGGAGGGACUCCAGUAUCGGCAAGGUUGCAGUGAAGAAAGAGGACCUGCAGAAGUAUCACGGCAAAGACACCUGGUUCCAGCUUCAACCUGUCAGCGCUGACUCAGAAGUGCAGGGAAAAGUGCACCUGGAGCUGCGUCUGAGUGAAGUCAUCACAGACAGUGGAGCCAUCAACCAUAAACUAGCCACAAGAGUGUUGGAGUGCCAAGGUCUUCCAAUCGUCAACGGCCAAUGUGAUCCUUACGCUGCUGUCUCCUUACUAGGACCCUCAAGGUCGGAAGCCAAGAAAACCAAAGUGAAGAGGAAAACCAACAAUCCACAGUAUGAGGAGGUUUUCUAUUUCGAGGUGACGCGGCCGUUAAGCUACACGAAGCGGCAGUUUGAUGUUGAGGAAGAGGAUGUUGACAAACUGGCGCUGAGGGUGGAUCUGUGGAACGCCAGCAACCUGAAAUUCGGGGAUGAGUUCCUGGGAGGUGUGCGAGUUCCUCUGCGGGUGCUGGGUCAGGCCGGGGUCCACGACGCAUGGUACUUUCUCCAGCCCAGAGAGAACGGAGGGAAGUCAGUGAAGGUAGAAGAGCUCGGCUCUCUGCGUCUGAACAUCGUUUACACUGAGGACCACGUCUUCCCCUCCGAGCACUACACGCCCCUCAGAGAACUGCUGCUGCACUCUGCUAACGUAGAGGUGUGUCCCGUGUCGGCGUCCACAGCUCACACUCUGGGGGAGGUGUGUCGGGAGAAACAAGAAGCCGCCAUUCCCCUCGUGCGUCUGUUUCUUCACUAUGGCAAGAUUGUGCCUUUCAUCAGCGCCAUCGCUCACGCCGAAGUCAACCGUACACAGGAUCCUAACACCAUUUUCAGGGGAAACUCGCUGACUUCUAAGUGCAUUGAUGAGACCAUGAAGCUGGCGGGAAUGCACUAUCUGCAAGUCACACUCAAACCCAUCAUAGAUGAGAUCUGCACAGAUCACAAACCCUGUGAAAUCGACCCGGUGAAGCUCAAAGAGUCGGAGAACCUGGAGACGAACAGGGAAAACCUUCGUCAGUACGUGGACCGUAUCUUCAACGUCAUCACCACCUCCGGUGUCCGCUGUCCCACCGUCAUGUGUGAUAUCUUCUUCUCUUUGAGAGAGUCCGCUGCCACCCGUUUCCAAGUAGACCAAGAUGUCCGGUACACAGCGGUGAGCAGUUUCAUCUUCCUGCGUUUCUUCGCUCCAGCCAUCCUCUCCCCAAACUUGUUCCAUUUACGUCCGCACCAUCCAGAUCCCGCCACCUCUCGAACCCUCACCCUCAUCUCCAAGACGAUCCAGACCCUGGGAAGUCUCGCCAAGUCUAAAUCUGCCAAUUUCAAAGAGUCUUACAUGGCUGCAUUUUACGAGUACUUCAAUGAGCAGAAAUAUGCGGACGCUGUGAAGAAUUUCCUGGACCUGAUCUCCACCUCUGGCAAAUGGGAUCAGAAGAGUAUUGAAACACCAAUCAUGCUCAAAGAGGGAUUUAUGAUAAAGAGGGCACAAGGGAGAAACCGGUUUGGAAUGAAGAACUUCAAGAAGCGAUGGUUUCGCCUCACCAACCACGAGUUUACCUACCACAAAACGAAAGCCCUGCAAACUUCUGGUGAGAGCGCUCUGUGCAGCAUUCCCAUAGAGAACAUUCUGGCUGUAGAGAGGCUCGAGGAGGAGUCUUUCAAGAUGAAAAAUAUGUUCCAGGUUAUUCAGCCAGAGCGGGCGCUCUACAUCCAGGCCAACAACUGCGUCGAGGCACGAGACUGGAUCGACAUCCUGACCAAAGUCAGCCAGUGCAACCGCAAACGCCUAAGCACCUACCAUCCUUCAGCCUACCUCAACGGCCACUGGCUCUGCUGCAAGCUCUCGGCAGACACAGCCCCUGGGUGUACGCCCUGUACUGGCGGUCUCCCAGCAAACAUCCAGCUUGACGUCGACGGAGACAGAGAGACUGAGAGGAUUUAUUCCCUGUUCAGCACAUACAUGACCAAACUAAUCAAGAUGCAAGAGGCCUGCGGCAGCAAGUCUGUGUACGACGGGCCCGAACAGGAGGAGUACUCCAGCUUUGUCAUCGAUGACCCCCAGGAGACCUACAAAACUCUGAAACUGAUUGUUUCAGCCGUGCAGACCUUGGAGCAGCAGCACACCAAGUACAAACGUGACAAGUUCAAGAAGACAAAGAUAGGAAGCCAGGAGCAUCCGAUUGGAGACAAGAGUUUUCAGUGCUACAUCCGCCAGCAGUCUGAGAGCUCCACCUACUCCAUCUAGCCCUGUGUACUGUUUCUAUGAUGCCCAGAACCAGCAUAUUUUACUUAACUGCAAAAACAUCCAUCUUAGCAAUGCUCCAUGUCUAGUAUUGAGUUUUAAAUCUUUAUUUUUCCUUAAAACAUUUUUAAAAAAGCCAUUUUUGACUUGUCUCCAAUGCAAAGCAUCCAUGCUUCAACAGGAAUACUUCACUUUUUUAUAGACUUUUCUGGAAGCAAGUGAUGCUGUUUUGGAAACAAGCGUCACCUGACUGGCUUAUUGGUUCAGCGUUAAGGAAAAUAAGAGUUUCAAGAGUCAAUACCAGACUGAGCGAGCUGUCUAGAUGGACUUUUCUUUGCGGUGUCUCAAGAUGCAUCACUCCGACGUUGGAGGACAGACCUCAGAUCAGCAUGGAACAGUUGUGGAGGGAAGGAGGGAUACGAAUGAAGAGAUAAUCACACCACUCGUCUAAUUGGGUCUCCUGUCUGUGAUGUGACGAGAGAACAAACAAACGUUUUCACUGGACAGUUUCUGACAGUGACCGACACGCACUUUAAUCGCCUCCAAAUCUAUGGAUGAACAAGCCUCGCAGCACACUUUUAAAAAAAAAGCUUAUUUUAUGUGUUUGAUUUGUAUUUUAAUGGUUGACAUGUUGAAAUGUUCCGUUGUAUUUCACUCCAGAGGGAAGGAAGGACUUAAAUUUUUUCCUCUUUGGGCGGUGUUGUUGUCCCCAUAUUUGUUUUUUUUUUCCUUUUGUUUGUUUGUUUUGUCCCCAGCCCCCUCAGGAAGGCUGUGAAGGUCGAGGGCACACAAGAAGGGAUUGUCAGGACCAAGCACAGCCAAGAGCAGCUUGAUGUUAGCAAGCAAUUUCAUCCCUCAUUUUAAUCCUUAUCAUCAGUGUGCUAACAGAUGUGUAGGUGCAGGUUUUCACGUUUCAUUUGAAGCCUUGUCGUGUUUGGAUAUCAUGCUCAUGUGUCAGCAGGACCGGGGUUAAAGGAAUAGUUUGGUUUCGGAGAGUUCAGACACUGAGUCAGACAAACCUGUGGAUGCCUUUAUUAUAUCUUUAUGUGUGUCAAGUUGCAGCUUCUCUUUCAAAGGGACGGUUCACCCCAAAAUCCAAAACACACAUUUUCCUCUUAACUUUAGUGCUGUUUAUCAAUGUAGAUUGUUUUGGUGUGAGUUGUCGAAUGUUGGAGAUAUCAGCCAUAGAGAUGUCUGCCUUCUCUAGAAUAUAAUGAAACUGGAUGGCACUCGGCUUGUGGUGCUCAAAGCGCCAAAAAAAUACAUCUGAAAAACUUAACAGCAAUGUCUCUCUAGAAAUCAUGACCUGGUUAUUCAAGAUAAUCCACAGACCUUGUUGUGAGCAGUUUCAUUUAGGAACUAAUUUCUUUUAUCAUCACCACAUAGAUGGAAGCAUGCAUCUCUUGUUCUAGCUCACGUAGCACCUCUGAGCUAGCUAGCGUUACAGCUCGGACAAAAAGGACACCAUUAAUGUUUACAUCUCACGCUGUCACAAGUACGAGCCUCUUGUCCAUGAGUAGAUGCACACUUCCUUCUGCGAGGCAAUGUAGUUGACGGUUGUAGUUUGAUAGAAUGAAUGUAGAUCCUACAUGAAACUGCUCACAACAAGGUCUGUGGAUCAUCUUGAGUAACUGAGUCAUGAUUCCUUUAAAGAGACAUUGCUGUUGAGGUUUUUAAGUUUUUUGGUGCUUUGAGCACCACAAGCCGAGUGCCAUCUAGUUCUGUUAUAUUCGAGAAAUAUCUCCAACACUCUGCAACUCACACCAAAACAAUCUAGACUCAUAAACAGCACUACAGGUAUGAGGAAAAUUAUGGGUUUUUUUGUUUUGGGGUGAACUGUCCCUUUAACCCAAUAUUGAAAUCGGGGUAAAAACAUGCUGUGGGCCUCUGUUGACUCCCAUAAUCUGUGAAUUGUGACUUUGUUCACAAACAUAAGUAUAUUCAGUAAAACACAUUGUGUAACCACAAUAUAAACUCAAGUAAUAAGGUGCUUAUAAUAUGCACUCAGUGACCACUUUAUUGGGUACACCUGUUUAAUUGUAAAUCGGCUCAGCUGGGCCAUAAAUUCAGUUAAAUUCAAGUUAGAGGUGGUGUUAUUUUGGACUAUAUUAUAUUGAGAGAUGUUUAUAAUUUUGUCCCUCCUGCAGUAUUUACAUACAGUACAUGUGGGGUGCAGAGUAAUAGAAACGCCCCUGAAUAUAAUGCAAUUCACAAUAUCACCAUCACUGACUAUAGCCCCAAUAAUAAACAUAAAUAAGUUAACACCUCUAUGACAGUGACCAAAACCUGAACAUUAUAGGCAUCAUACAUUUUACGGCAGAACAGUAGUUGUGGCUCAAAGUGCGGCCCUCAAGUGCAGCACCUGAACAUGAUGUAAAACAAAUGCUAAACAUUGUAAUCAUUUUGCUGUUUUUAAGAGACAGUGAUGUAUGUUGCCUGCAUCCAGUAAUUGAGCCUCAGCUUGGCUAAGAUCACCGCUCAACACACCCUCAAACUGCAUGCAGACAUCAUAAAGGCACAUGUUUGUCUGACUCUGUUGGUACGUGUCCACAGGAUCCGUCAUUUCCAUGCUUCCCAUUUAAUGUCUGUGUAAGCAGCCUUGCAGUGCAUUCUGGUAGCGCUGUGUUGUGUGUUGUGUGUUGUGAGAGAUGGGGCGUUGGCUCCUCAUUUACAUAAAGCUGAAACCGUGCAAAUCAGAGGCACUGGCAAACAUAGAAACUUACCGUUGUUGAUCUAACAUUAAGUAAGAUUCAGCAACUGCAUGGCUACUUAAUCGCCUCAAAUGUUUUCAGAAACACAUGUCAGUGAAUAAUUUCCUAAUGCAAGAGAGCUGCCAUGUUGGUCCAGCGUGACCCCUCGCAUCCAAAAAAUGCCCCUGUGGACACGUCCCAUAAUUAAGUAGAAAAAGUUUUAAAGCCAAACUCUCCCUUUGACCAUCACAAAGCAGAACCUCCCUGUUAGCACAGCUCAUUAACAAGGACCAUUUUUAGCUUCUAAUUAACUGUUAUACUAACAUUUUAACCAGUCUUGUCUCAAGUUAUGAUUGUGAAAUGGAUAGUGUGUUACUGGUUGUGUCGCCCUGUUGGCUGCCUAAUAACUUUUUCUGUUUUGUGAGUUAGCUCUGUCUUACUUUGGAACAGCUGCGCCCUGUAGUUUGAAACCUAUUUAUAUGCAUUCCUCUGAGAAACUGCCUGCUGUGAAUCUUACCAGUCAGUAACCCCCCCACACACACACUCUGUCGAAGGUACCGGAUUUAUUGUCGUUAACCAGUUUGUGUUGUGUCGUUCUACGCUCCCCAAAGGCAACCACUCUCGUUGGCGUUCAUAUUCAUCAGCACUCACUCUCGCCAAAACCUGUGCAUGUGAAGUAUAGUUGUAGUCACGGCAACGACGGUAGCCUCCACAGUCACUUCUGUGCAAGCUGGUGACUACACACCACCACAAAUUUUUGUAUUUUCCAAAACUAAGUACCUGGUUAUGUAGCCUCAUGGGUGUUCCCGUGAUCACAGGAUCCCAAACAGUGCCAGUCAUCACUUUUAUAAAAAUUUUUGAAAAACAAACAAAAAAAUAAUUGUUUAGAGAUGUUUUUUUUAUAUAUCUCAAAACCUAUACUGUUUUAAGAACAGAGGAGCGAUAAUUCCGAUGACAUCUUUUCUUUGUCGAACGUGUUGAUCUAUGAACUAUAAGGAACAACGGUUUGACUCUGUUUUCUAUCUUUGUCUUGUCAUACAGAAAUCUCGCUGUGUAUCUGAAUUGAAUGACUGAGGUGUGUGUGUUUCGUGCGUAUGUGUGUGUGCAUUUGUCAGUCUGUGCAUGACCGACUGACGUGACGGGUUGUAUUGCCAAUUGAAUUAGCCCAGUGUUACAGGUCAGGAAAGGCAGAGUCCCACUUGUUAAAAAAGAGAAAAUCACUGCCUGUAGUUGUAGAGAGAGCAGUCGGAGCGUGGAAACACUGUCGCUCUCCUCUGGCCUGAUAUGGUGCAUCUCCGCUUUCCUCUUGUAUAGAACCACUGUUCCAUUUAAAGGAACCUUUUGCCAAUAUAUUCUCCCCACUCGUUUUAUGUAUGUAACACAGUAAUAACAUUGAUGAAACAUUAAGAGAUCGCUGUAACCUCUGAACUUUGGCGAGUGUUUGUUUCCACCAGUUACUAACUCUCCUCAGGUUUAUGAAACUCAGCGCUGCGUCUUUCCCUUGCCAAGACCGAGGAGACUCAGCCUGAAGUAUAAACCACCAAACGGCUGUCUCCCAUCCCUGAGUUGGUAAUCAUAUUUAUUAUCAUUUUAGCAAAACCUUCCCAGAAACAUCGGCUCAGUCGGUGUGGUAAUGCCACUUACAGGAAGGGCAACUCCUCCACCCAGAAGCCCACAAAGGAAUGACUUAUGCAAUAAUGAUGUUUCAGCAUGCAAUAAUAACAAUAACACCCCCCUCAAUAAGCCCAUCAAUUUAUCACAAGUGAUCAACGCACAUCUGCUGACCUUUUGCAGUGAGACUGCAGUAAAAUAAAAACACAUAUUACAAAGGGAGAACAGUGUAUUUUGUACAAAUAUUUUAAAAGUAUUAAAAUAAGCCUGUUAUAUGUGUACAUAAAACAGUUGAAUGAAUGGUGAAAAUGUGAUGUGUUUUUUUUCCCCUGGAUAACUAAAUGAAACCAAUAUUAAUGCAAAU